AUGCAACAACGACGAGAUGAGAUUCUGGCAAAGAAGGCGAAACUCGCCGAACUCAAGAGACAACGAGAAUUAAGAGCUAGCCAGGCAGCCUCUAUUGCUAGACCUGGCACAGGCAACGGACCUAGCGAUCUCAUCUCCCCCACUCCGGGUCGCGACAAUCGCAAGGUCAUCGAGUCCUUGAUUAACAGUCUAGUAGGCGAAAGUCGACCUGCCUCUUCUACGACGGGUGUGGCAUCCCCCGGUCUACGAGGAAGUCGACCCAAUAGCGUCCUCAGUGCCGACGACCUGAGCGGUGAACACUCACAUUCGGAAUAUGCUUCCCAGGUGAACGGCCAUCCUGCCUCAACCCAGCCGCAGGUCUUAACAACGGUACCCCUCCAAACCGUAUUCGAGUGCCCGCCAUCUCCCGUUAAAGAGAUUUUCUCCUACAGCAAAGGCGUCCAAACUACAGACGACUGGACGCCCUCGGUCACCAGGCCUCGAGCCUUUUCAGAUCUUGAGGAUGAGGACCUUCCUGUCACGUCCACUCCCAACAAGCGGCUGAGCAGAUGGAAACGCGACAGAGAAGAGGAAUUGCGUCAGAAUUUACGAUUAGAAAUUGAGGAAGAACUGAAGGCCGCUCGAGAGUUGAUUACCGAUGGACCCUUACAGGUCAAUUCUGUUGUCACUUCGAAUUUCCCGGCUAGGGCAUUAAAUAACGAGGAGCUAGCAGCCGUCGUAGCAUCUGAUGACUUUGUUGAUUUUGUGGAACGUUCAACGAAAGUCAUCGAGCGAGCGCUUGAUAUCAGCAAUGAGUAUGAUAUAUUGACAGAUUAUUCACUUCAAGCCCACGACAUUGAGGACGAGGAUGAGCAGGCGGGUAACACUGGCGGAAAGGGACGCCGGAGAGUUAAGGAAGUUGUGCAAUUUUACGAUGAGCGGUGGUCCAAGAAGCGUAUGAUUAGCAGCAUUGACUUCUCACCAAAGUUCCCCGAGCUGCUGCUGGCAUCUUACACCAAAAAUCCGUCCGCUCCCCACGACCCUGAUGGCGUUGUACAAGUAUGGAAUCAACAUCUCCACGACCGACCUGAAUUCCUCUUCCAUGCCCAGUCUGAUAUUCUCACGGCAAAAUUCUCUCCUUUCCACCCCAACUUAAUCAUAGGCGGUACAUAUUCCGGGCAGGUACUCCUAUGGGAUACCCGGUCUAAAUCUGCCCCUGUACAAAAAACACCGUUGACAGGUUCGGGCCAUACGCACCCGGUCUAUUCCGUCGAUAUUGUUGGUACACAAAAUGCGAACAAUGUCAUUUCAGUUUCUACUGAUGGCGCUUUCUGCGUAUGGAGCGUUGAUAUGCUUUCCCAGCCGCAAGAAUCACUUACCCUCACAACACCACCUCCCAACAAGUUUGAAGAUCUCGCACCAACCACAAUGGCUUUCCCUCAAGCAGACCCAACAUACUUCCUCGUGGGCUCGGAAGAAGGCCCUAUCUACCCAUGCCACCGGUACGACCGUGCCGGCGCCAAGGCAGGUGUUGACUCUCGCGUUUCCUACAAGGGUCACGCAGCCCCCGUCAUGAGCGUCGAUUUCCACCCAGCCCGCGGUCCCGUAGACCUAGGUGACCUGGUCCUCUCUUCCUCCCUCGACUGGUCCGUCAAGCUCUGGAAAGUCCGCGCCCCCGCCGCAACAAGCACCAUCGUCGAGAGCGCCGGGACCGCCGUGCCCCCGCUCCUAGACUUCGUGCGUGAGGACGUCGUUUACGACGCCGCCUGGUCCCCUGUGCGCCCCGGCGUCUUCGCCCUCGUCGAUGGUGCAGGCUCCCUGGAACUCUGGGAUAUUACUGUCGAGACAGAGAUCCCAGUCGCUAAGAUUAGUCCUACGCCUCGGAAGGACGGACGGCAAUUACUCAGCAAGAGUCUGAAUAAGAUUGCUUGGGAAACUAGUGAGGGUAAGAAGCUGGCGACUGGUGGUAUUGAUGCUGUUGUCAGUGUGUUUGAAGUUGGGCCCGAUCUGGGUGGGAAGGAGGCGGUGAGGAGCGAAGAAUGGACUAAUGUCAAGAAACUCGUUGCGAGGUUGGAGGCCGUUAGUGGUGGAGUUGCAGGCUUCGUGUAA